CGUUAUUCAUGGGGCGGGGUUUGCUUCAAAACUAUGGCUGUGAUAUUUCAAACCAUGACUGUGGUACAUACUGGUUAGAUCCAGCUCAUCUCCACUGACAAUAACAACAUCGACACCAUGGAUGCGAAGCAGUCUUCGGACUUCCCGCCGUUCCUUGAGAGGCCAUCUCCAUGGCACGCAACAGCGGAUGUGUUCACCUGCCUCUCUUUUGCGAACUGGACAAAGGACCUUCCACCCGGUUCUUAUGGAGAUGUUGAAGCCAGUUCGGACUUUGUCAACCGUGAAGUCUCAGGAGAGUAUACAGGUGGCCCUGGGAGUGUCAUGAUUGUUCGGUACUCUGAAACUCCAGUUGGACCGUAUGAUGAGAUAAUCUGGAUACCGGGCUACUUCCAAGUGCCGGGUACAGAUCAAAAACGGCCCAGGAUCACUCGGAUAUAUGUGAGCCUGGUGGACUCCGUUUACAAUGGUCGUAAGAAUUGGAACAUCCCAAAGGAACCACCCGAGCACCAAUUUUAGACCCCCUUCUAGCUUCAAUAUCUC